CUGUGCAGAGGAGCUCAUUUGAGGGGGGAACAGCCGCAGCCUGUGCAGAUACAGAAAUGCUUAUGCACUGACAUCAGCUAAGAUAAGGCACAGACACUCUUGAUUUGAGGACAUCUCUCUUGCCGGAAAGGUGAUACCCGAGGACGCCGUUUUCAUCCAUCCACGGGUUAUUUUUACGCAUAAGACACAUCAGAAAGCGACACUAUGGCUGUUUCUCUCGGCUUUCUUCGGGGUUAUGAGGAGCGGAGCUGAAGUUUGAGCGACUCCGGGUUGAUGCUGUAAUUCAUACAGAGUGCCAAAGCCCUUCUGUGUUUAUUAUCGCUCUUCGGGGUGUUAUCGUGCACGCAGGAGAAGAAGCGCAUUUCUUCAGUUGUUGGAUUGUUGUCGGUUUCUAGAAGAAUGGUGCUGGACAAGGAGGAGAGUGUGUCUCUCGUGUCCCUCCAGUCCAGAGAGAAGCCGAGGGGCUGCGCCGGCUGCAACGGGAAGAUCCGGGACCGCUUCAUGCUGCAGGCAUUGGACAGGUACUGGCAUGAGGACUGUCUGAAGUGUGCCUGCUGUGACUGCCGCCUGGGCCGGGUGGGCUCCACCCUCUACACCCGGGCCAACCUCAUCCUCUGCCGCAGGGAUUACCUGAGGCUCUUUGGGGUGACGGGGAACUGUGCAGCCUGCAGUAAGCUGAUCCCUGCCUUUGAGAUGGUGAUGAGAGCCAGAGACAAUGUCUACCAUUUAGACUGCUUCGCCUGUCAGCUCUGCCGUCAGAGAUUUUGCGUGGGAGACAAGUUUUUCCUCAAGAACAACAUGAUCCUCUGCCAGCUCGACUAUGAAGGAGGCCAUCUUAAUGGCAACACAGAGAGACAGCCUCAAUAAGAGAUCAGUGCAGGACAACUGUGAGCCAGUUGGACUACGAAACUCACAGCAGCACAGUCAGCUUCCUGUUUCAGACUGAACCAUAUGUGGAAACAACCCUGAUACACUGAGACAUGUUUCCAGCAGCCCAUGAUUGAACUCUUUAUUAUAGAGCUUUGUGGUAACUAUCCUGAAAACUGAAAUUUCUGAUCAGAUGGACCCAGAGAUCAACCAGGAAGUGAAAAUGGAAUAAUGAAACUAUCAGGAGGAUAUUUUCCAGAGAACUUAAUGUGGACUGCGAUGGUUCUGCCCUUUUGUUUUUUUGACAUUCAACAAAUAGAGCAACCAGUCUUUGCAAAUAAUUUGAGGAGUCUGUUUACCAAACUUUAAAAUACUAGAUGGAAAGAGAGAAGCCAAUCAGGCCACACAUAGCAUCAACCAAGUCAUAAAUCACAGAGAGAAAAACUAAGUUGUCUUUUUUAAACGUCUCUCUGAUUGUCAAAUUGUUCUGGCAGUCACCGAACUGUCCUUUGCGGUGAACCCCACCCAUCUGGCAUGUUGGAAACAUUUUUGCAAAUACAGUUUGGCUCAGUUCAACAACUGCGAAGGAUCAACUGUUUCUCCUUCAUCUCUCUGCCUCUCGACUCUGAAGACUUGAACUGAACUGAGUAGCACUUCAAACCCACCAUAGCUUUGCUUUCACUCUGAUCUCAAGCUGUUUUUUUUCUUGGCUAAUUAAACUGAAUUUUAAUUUCA